AUGGCUCCCCUCUCCACCGAAACCACCGUUCAUCAACCUACCCAAAUCACCUGGAAGUUUUCCAAAACUCUUGGGUAUUUUGUGUUGAAAAGGGGGAAGAAGGAAGUGGAGACUCAGAAGGAUCAAAGAUCAGAAGAGGACUUGGAAUGCACACUGGAGACCAAGAAAGAGUUUUCGGAUCGAGUUGGAUCACCGAGAGUCCGGAAGCAACCACCGCCAGUCAAGAGGCAGAUGGCGCCAAGGAGAAGUGUCUUCGGUCAGAGGACUACGGUGGAUAAGAAGGAAAAGGCGUCGCCACAGUUGAUAAGAGAAUAUGAUCUCAUCCCCCUCCAGGACGCAUUCUACACUGCCAACACAGACGACUCCGCCCACGUUCAGAUGUUCCAGCAGCCACUCGAACCACUAGGCAAAGGAUCUUACGGUGAAGUUUUUGGAGGGGUUUAUAAGGGGGACAAUACAAAAUAUGCGAUUAAAAAAAACUUAAAAUUUAAACCACAGGACCGUAAAUUUCUAUCAGAGGUCCGUGGAUUUAUGGGGGUACCAGCUCACCCUAAUAUUCUAAAAUUUAUAAGGGGAUGGGUUGAUGGGGAGGCGGUGUACCUGCAGACAGAAAUCUGUCAGAGGGAUCUGCUGAGCCACUCGAAGGAUGGGCUCCAGGAAGAAGAGAUCUGGAGUAUUCUAUCGGAUAUUCUGAAAGCGUUGAGUCAUUUACAUGAUUCUGGCUUUUUGCAUAACGAUUUGAAGCCAGAAAACAUUCUUCUUGGAGUUGAUGGCAUUUGGAAACUCGGGGAUUUCGGUCACCUUACCGUCAUAUCUCCCGACGGAUUCUCUGCUGGCGACGAGGGUGACGCCCGUUACCUCGCUCCAGAAGUCCUUGGAGACAUGACACCAAGUAAGGCGGCGGAUGUCUUCAGUGCAGGAAUGUCCCUUCUAGAGAUAGUCACAUGUAUUCAGAUGCCAUCUGGAGGGGAGAGCCGUCAGAGUAUUCUGAAUAAUGAGGGUCUUAUUGGUCUGAUGAUCCAUCGGGAUCCUGAGAGCCGCCCGACUGCUAAAGAGCUCCUGGCUCAUCCAAUGAUUCAAAAUAAGACUCAAAAUAAGAGUGGUACACCUCAAAUGUUUGAAUUUUCAGGUUCGUCUUUCUCCGACAGCUCACCACCUGCCAAACGCCCAAAACCCGAUGAAUCCGAGAAUCAGUCCCCUUUGUGGCACAAAGAUCCACCUCCAACACCUACCAACACACCCAACACUACACCAAGACAUAAUCGACCAAAGGAUAAGAAAUCUUUGAGAGAGAAGUAUGCGGAGAGAAAUUCAUGA